AGAAUCACGUUGCUGAUCCGAUUGUGCGCUCAGCUCGGAGCAGCACUGCAGAAAUUCACACCUCUAAUGGUGUUGCUGCUCUUUGUGUUGGCGCGCCGCUGUUAUCUCUGCUGUGCAGAGCAGAGCUUAGUUUUAGCGCUAAUAAUAAUAUUCAGUUCAUGACAGCUAAUAGCGUGCCCACAUGAAGCUCAUUUACAGGAGUAAAUUGUUUUGACUGCAACUUGUCUCUGUUUUGCCGGGCUGCGUUGUGUGGGGCAGAAUUCUGGCUGUGUGCAUUUUACAAAAUGUUGUUUUGGAUACCACGCCGGCAACUGGCAUCACUGUGGCUGGAUAAACAAACUUUCUGCAUGCUGUGUUAUACCUCUGCAGUAGUUUUAAUUUGUCUCUCUCUGAACAUCUGUGUUUAACGUGGAAAAUGGCAGAACUGGCAUGCUUAGGAGGCACAAUGCUUCAUCUGAACGGAAAUAGCGCGCAGUCUAACCAAGACGCAGAGGACCGUGAAGCGGAGUUACUCUGCCUGAAGAUCAAGGAGCACUUGGAGGAAAUGUUCUCCGACGGCCACCUGGCGGAGGACGGCUUCCUGCUGAAGCACAUGCAGAAGAACAAGCAGGGUUACGUCAGCCUCAAGCUUCUCACUUGUCUGAAAAAGAUAAAGGCCCUGACCGCAAACUGGUACAUGACUCUUGCGGCCGCAGAGUGCUCAGACCUUCUGGAGCUGAACGACGAAUGCACCAAGGUCCGACGCAAAGAGCCUCUUCCUCAGUGGCUGAUGUGCUCCCCCACCAGCCGGCUCCUCCUCAUCUGGGACGCUUCCGAGGAGCAGAGCGGAGGAGACGCAGCGGACUCGGGGCAGCCUUCGCUCUUGCUGAGCGUCCUCCAGAGGUUCGGGAUUCCGGGUGACGUGGCUUCAGUCUGGAUCCUGCAUCCCGGAGAGGAGCUUCCCAAGGAACUGCAAUGCUACGCCAAGCGCCACAGAGAGCUCGGCCAGCUCUUGUGUGCCGUGAUCAAGUUUAAUAGCUUGGAGUCGGUCCGUAGGGCCUUCAGCGCUCUCGCAGAAGAGAAGAUUGAUGGGAGGGGCCUGUGCGUGGUGCCUUUGGGAUGGCAAUCAGUGCAGGGCAUCAACAAGCCUGACCCAUCAGAGAAGAACAAAGGAGACGGGACAUGUUCCAUGGGAGAUCCUCUGGAAAGUUCUCCCUCACCUCUCACGGUUUCUGAAGAAACAGCCGAAGCACACCAUCCUCAAGCGUGCCAGGAUAUCUCCAGCUCCAGUAAGAACUCAUUGCGAGGAUUAACAAAGAGGUACAACUGGACAGACUGGUGCUCCGGAGACCGUAAUACACAGAUUUCUCAGUGCCCAUGGGUACUGAAACGCAAAUCUGCAGCCAGUGCAGCAAAGCCCGUGAUGGCAGAGAACCUGAAAACAACUGGCUUAAUACUAAAAGUCCUGCGGCAGCCCUUUGGCCCCGGUGAUACUAAGGGUUUUCAAGCCAGAAGGCAGAGAUACGACAUUCUUGGAUGAAAGAGCCUUAUUGGAGAUCUAGAAGAAUACUUAGCUAAGAAAAUAAAAAUAAAACAGUGAUAAGAAGACAGAACAUGUAUUUAUAUUAAAGAAGUAAG